CAAAAGAGAGGCGUGUCUGAGGAGUGUCGAGAGGGGUGUAGCUAUGAGGAGGUCGACGAAGUGUUUCAUUGGUCAUACGUGUGUACAUACAUGGAGAAUUACAAGUGUGGCAGAAUGUAUUGUCCACCUGGAACCAUAUGUAAGCCUACCAAUUAUGGACAUUGUGGACAUCUCAACAAUGUUGUUGUGGAAUGCAAAGAUAUCGAUGAGUGUGCCAGCAAUCCAUGCCAAAAUUUAGGAACCUGUCACAACUUGCUGAAUGCCUUCCGGUGCUCAUGUCCACCUAAUUACUAUGGAACUCUGUGUGAAUGCAUGAACCCACCUUUGCCCUCCUUUGACUGUAAUUGUGAGAACUGUAAACUUGGAUCUGUAGCAGGAAAGAGCUUGUGUCCGUAUAUCGACAUCUUGUUUUUAAUUGAUGAUUCUGAAAGCAUGUACUUAGAGGGUUUUCAAUACGCUCAAAACGUAAUCAUAAAACUCAUAGAUUGCUUCAACAUUGGACUUAACGAUAUACAAGUAGCACUUAUGACUCAUAGUUCGUCAACGAGAAUUGUUUUUGAUUUUAACUCGUAUUUGACUAAAACAGAUAUCAAAGAUGCAGUUUUAAAAACAUCAUAUAGAGGUGAUACAAACACUUAUUAUAGUAACACUCUCGAUCAAGUCAGAACAUUUUUGACAUCUAAUUCGAACAAAAGGCGCCAUGCAAUGAACAUAGUUGUGGCAAUGACAGAUGGAAAACAACAAAUAAUUUUUUGACCAAUGCACAAAAUCUUCACAAUUCUGGGACGUAUGUAUUCGCAUUUGGAAUUGGUGGUGAUUCUUCACAACUUCAACCAAUCCUGGAAACUCUUGCCAGCAAUCCAAACUCCGAAUUCAUAGCCAAUGAUUUCCUUGAUUUACACAGAAAACUAUCGGACUUUACAAAUAACUUAUGCAUAGGGGAAGUGCAUCCAGAUAUCCUGACAUGCGAAUUAAGAGUAUCAGACAAUUUUGGCCAAAUAAGCCAAUCCCCAUCGAUUGGUCCUUCCACUUGUUCAAAUCAGCAAGACUUCUACGGAAAACAUCAAGUUGAUAGCGUGACUGGUCAUCUAAUGAUCGAUGCCAAACACGUCCAAUACAAACAUAACGUGACAGUUGAUGAUUUUGGAUUCGGAAUUGUUGAAGUGUACUUAGACUUCAUAAAACAGACUGCAGCAGGAACUGAACAAAUUUUAAAAUCUUCUACUUUACGAAAUUUUACGGUAAAGAAUAUCCCCCCUUUGUUCUCCAUUGAAGUUAAUGAAACAAACAGCGAAGCACUUCACAACGGAAACAGAUUUUGUUUAAAAUAUAGAGCUUACGCGGGUGGAUAUGUAGUGUACAGAUCUCAUACGUAUAUAUAUGGUAAAACGGAAGCUGACAGAAUGCUUUGCUAUUUCUUUGAUAACCUGGCGCCAAAGCAUUGCUCAGAUCUCAUCGCAUGCAAUAGUACACCCCUUAACAUUUCAAAGGAAGUAACAAAUUCCUCGGAACUCUCUGUUACAUUCCUUGGAUGGAAAGAUUAUGAUUUUGCAGGGGCUAAAACAAUUUAUGCAUCAGGAAUACAACAUUUUGAAAUAUUCUUGCACGAGAUGGAAUACGAUGGAUUAAAGUUGAAAGCAAAACAUUCAUCUGUUUUAGGCAAAAUACAAUGCUCUAAUUGUACGUCCUUCAGCAUUCAUAUACCAGCAACGUCCAAUCCAAUGCUAUAUUCUGUGGUGCUGGAAGUUGUCGAUAUUGCUCUUAAUUCUCGUCAAGCAAGACGUUUUGUUUUGUUUGAUAAUUCAUCAAAAAUCUUAUCUCAUUCAAACAAAGCUUUGAGUGUAAUUUCAGCAUCGGUCGCGACAGGUUAUGUCUGGCAAACGAAUCAUCGAACUCUCUGUUACGAUUGGACUGGAAAGUACUAUAAUGAUAAGUAUGUUCAUUACAAUCCAAUGAGUCCGAUUGAUCCUGGUGUACACAAUACUUUUUCAGGUAUUUAUGAGCAAACUUCAGGACACUUUCGUCCUUCUGGAACUCCAAACGUAAGAGGGAUAACCCAUUUUAAGUACAAGGUAGCGAAAAGAUCUGAUGGUCAGUUCUCAGUGCUUUCGACUGACCAAAUGAUUCCAAAUAUUUUAAACGAAGGCGUCUGUGUGAAUAUUUCUAAUUUGAAAGAUGGGGAUGAGGUGUAUUUUGAACUUUCAAUGGGUGAUGUUGUAGAAAACGAAUUGUCUGAUAAUGUCACAGUAUUUAUUGACGAAUCUCCGCCUGUAAUAAGAAAUGUCUGGCUAAUUCGAGAUGAACAGGAAAUGAUUUAUGUUCAUAAUCAGACGGAUAUAUCAAAAAUGAACUUAACCUUUCAAACAUUUGACAUCCAUAGCGGAUUGGAUCAUAUUUCUUGGACAGCUGGUUGGACGGAAAAUCAAGAACAUUUUGCAAACAAGAUUCUUGGGGUGAAGCCAAUUCAGGCAUGUGAUAAUGGAUCACAUUGUUACUGUACACCGUUUGGAUAUUGUGCCAGAUACAAUUUUUCGUUGGAUUUGAACUCUCUUGUUAUGAAUAAUACCCAUAUAGGACAGCAUCAUCGCAAUUAUACUUUCGAAAUUAUGGUAACAAAUAAGGCAAAGCUACAAUCAAAAAGAUCAGUGGUCAUUUUAAUUGAUGAAUCUGCACCUGAACUCGGAGUUAUUCAAGAAGGGGAAUCCAGUAAACCUGAUUUGGAUUUCACAGCGACAGAAAAUAUCACAAUCAGUUGGAAAGGCUUCCUUGAUCAUGAAAGUGGGAUACGAUUCUACAGAAUAGCAGUCUCCAACUCAUGCAUUCCAAAGUCGGUCAUGCUACAAAAAGACCUACAAGUAUCUUUCUUUGAAACGUCUGAAACUUCUCUUCGAGCUACAUUGCCAAAUGUUGGAAAAUACUUUGCAUCUAUCGUUGCAUUUAAUAAUGCAUUGGAAUCAUCUGAAGUAGCAUGCAGUGAUGGCAUAGUUUUCGAUGAAACACCGCCAACAAUCAGAGCUGUAACCGUAGAAAACCUAAAUAUGUACCCAAAAUAUGCAUGUGGAAAAGAUAAUAAUGUAUGGCUCAUAACAGAAUCGAUCAAGAAGAUUAAAACCAAUUGUACAUGUACAACUUUGGCAAACAACGUUUUGGACAUCAUUCCAGUAGAUGAAAAAGUCAAUUAUACGAUCGACUGUUCUGGAAAUAUUACAACAAAUGAACCUUUACAUUUUUAUCUCAAUAACGACCGGAUAUAUAUAAACUGGAGUAUUCUUGAUGAUGAAAGUUCUGUACAUGAAGUUUAUGUUGGGUUCGGGUCAUCCUUACUAAACAGUGAAACACCGGACAUAAUAGGAUAUACAAAAUCUUCUCAUAAAACUUUCUAUCACAAACGACAUCUAGGUCUUCAUAUAAAUAAUUACUUUUAUAUAUUCAUAAAAGCUGAAAAUAAUGCUCUGAUGGAAACUGUUGUGCAUAUAGGACCCGUUUUAAUUGACGAAACACCACCUACAUGCUUUAAGAAACCAGAGGUCGUAAUAUCUGAUGGAUUUGUAACAGUGUACUGGAAUUCAAGCUUUUUCUUUGAUGUAAACCAGAUUGAAACAGUAAAGAAAAUCUUCUACAGAUUGGGAACAAAGAGUCAAAUGGUCUCAACAUUUUCAAAAUGGGAAGAACAACUUUCAACUUCAUGUCCAAAGAGUUACGAAUGUCUUAGUUUAAAUCUAGAGGACGUACAGACAAUCUUUUCUGAUACCCAUGAAGAUUUUAUUUUUGACUUCCAUGUCUACAAUGCUGCAGGGUUGUUUUGUGAGAUACAGUCUGUGCAUUUCAAUAUUCCAUUUAAUUCUCAAACAUUUUACGGAAAACUGUACGAUUUAAACCCUUUACUUGCAGGAAAUUUAACGCUGAAAAAUAUGCAGGACAGCAAUUUUACAUUUUCAAACAGUUCUUUCUGUGUUGGAUACCAUGGCACUUUUCCACAAUCUGAUGCAGUGUAUGAAUUUGCUGUUAAUUCAAAUACAUCUCAACUGAUGUACGAUAAAGGAAAUAUUACUGUAAUAGAUCAAUCUCUUUUCACGUAUUGUAAUUUUAACAUACCGUUAGAAUUCUUUAAGCAAUACACUAUAGCGAUGAAAAUGACCUCUUUGUAUGGAGUCCUUGAGACAAAAACAAAUGGAUUUAUUAGUAUUGACCAGAGUGACUCCUCAUUAAAUCUGACAGUUCAAGAUGGAAAGGGUUGUGAUGAGACAACCGUUAUAACACGGAUCUCUAAUACCGAAUUUAUAAAUAAUACAGUUUACAUUCAUCCCAAAUUAACAAUUGGACACCACUAUACACUAUUUGUUAUUUCCAAUGACUUCAAUUAUAACAUAUCAAGUAAGGAUGUAAUAAUAUCUUCUGUUACGACAUUCAAGGAUUUUAUAUCGUUUAUUCCAAUGGAGGAGCAUCCUUCUUUCAUCAUCGAAGGACUUUCGGAAAAUAUGAAUUUGUCUGAGCUUAUACUCCAUAAAUGUAUAAAAGAUCUCGAACUCGUACAAAACAUGGAUAAGAUAUCAGCAAAUUGGAAGGUGCAUGGACCAAGCUCCAAAUUCAUAACAAGUUAUGGAAUAGCUGUUCAUUACUCUUGUUCAUUACAGAAAAAUUGCAAUGAAACAAUUUUAUUUAGAAGAAACGUUGAAAAAACAUUUUCGUCAUCAAUUCUUACUGGUCCUUUGAGAGACGGCUUUUAUCAAGUAUCGAUAAAACCAUGUUUUGGAGAUAUCUGUUCUAAAUCAUGGAAGUCCAAUGGAUUCUAUAUAGAAAAGUUUGACAUGAAUAUAGGACGUCUGUCUGCAUCACUUGACUUGUUGGAUAAUGAAUGUCCUGUAGUUAAUAUCAAAUUUCAGAGGUUUGUUUGUAGUGCAAAGGUGAAGAAAUAUGCAGUUUUCUAUAAAUGGGCUUUCUUUGGGGACAACAAAGGAGAAAAACAACUAACAACAUAUAAAUCUGUGAAUGCCGCAGUUAAUGAUACAAUAUCUGUAUCGACCUGUGUCCAUUUGCCAGUUUACCCUCACGGAGAACUUUAUCUCUGUGUGAAAGGAUUUUGUGAAUCUGGUCUUUCGUCCUUGCAGUGUUCAAUGGCAUGGAUAAAACAGCACCCGAACGAGUUUCCAAAAUCUGUUGUUUACGAUCUAAAUUUGAAAACUUUACCAAUAGAAAAUCUAGAUGAUUAUAGAUUUACAUCUACCAUAGGAUCGGAUAUGAUAAAAACACUUCAUAAACAUGAGAUGGACUUCACAAACAAGAGUUGGUUUCAGCUAGGAGGAUUUACCAUUGGAACUGGACGGAAUCAUGUACAAUGGACCGUAAUGACGGAGAAAAGAGUUCCUACUGAUUGUCUGACAGAUGUUUCUUGUAUUUAUCAGGAAAUCACUAUAGGGGGAUUCGCGCGGUUUCACACUUACUUAGGUUUACGAACGGGCGAAAUUUAUUACUUGUGUGUGAAUGUAACCAAAGGUUGUAGUGACGGAUUUGUGAUCGAUAAUGUUCCACCAUCAUCGGGAAAUGUAAAAGUCCACAAUCAUCAUAACGGUUAUAUAAACUCGAAUUCUACAGUCACUCUUCUGUGGCAUGGCUUUGUUGAUGGAUCACAUUUCAAGGAAUUCCUUUAUCCAUCUGCUAUUGAAAGAUAUGAAAUGGCAAUAGGUACUCAUCUUAACAGUCAAGAUGUUUUGUCCUUUACGCAUUGUGGUUUAUCGGAAUCAUCGGUUCUAACAAAUGUGACACUUACCAACGGAAUGACCUAUUAUUUUUUCAUCAGAGCUUUUGAUCAUGCUGGAAACUACAUCACAUCAUCUUCCGACCCAUAUAUCUUUGAUUCUACCCCUCCAACGACAGGAAUGGUAACCGUGGGGAGUUAUAUCAAAAGCUUAACGAUGGUCAAUCCCGGUAAUCUGAUUGCUCAUUGGUCUGGUAUGGAAGAUAGGGAAAGUGGAAUCGAAAAAUAUGAGCUGGGAAUUAGGUCUUUUAACGAGCAGGUUUCAGCAUAUUAUUCCGUGAACAAAAACACAUAUGCUGAUCUUGAGGACUAUUUUUCAUUCAUUGAUGGUCAUCAAUAUCGUAUAAAUCUAAAGGCAUGGAACAAUGCUGGAUUAUACACCACUGUGUCAUCAGCUCCGUUUAUCUUUGACGCAUCGCCGCCUUUGGUUGGCAUAGUUCGGGAUGGUCCUUUAGAAACUGGGGUUGAUUUGAUGUUCAGUAGUAAUGCCUCAAGCCUAUCAAUACAUUGGACAAAUUUUCAUGACCCCCACUCCAUGAUUUCAAACUACCGUGUCGGCCUUGGAACUGCCUUUAAGAAGACAAACAUAAUACCAAUGACUGAUGUUGGUUUACGAGAAGAAUGGACCUGGUUCAAAAGUUUCAGAACAGGCGUGAAAUAUUUUGCAACCGUCGAAUCAUGUAAUAAAGCAGGUCUCUGCAGUGGUGCAUCUUCUAAUGGUAUCAUCCUUGAUGAUUCACCUCCGAUACCUGGGAGGGUUCUAGUAGGGAGAAACAACGACAGAUAUGUACCUGACAGCAAAACAUUACGUGUGUCAUGGGUAGAUUUUAUCGAAGCAGAAUCGGGAAUUUUACAAUACUUUGUGUGUUUAGGCUCAAAAAAGUUUGUCUGUGAUGUGGAAUCUUGGAAAAAUAGUAGACAUGAAUCUUCAAUUUUACUCUUCAAUUUAAACCUACCACAAAAUCAGACCAUAUAUGCGACCGUUAAAGCAGAGAAUAAAGCUGGGUUGACGUCAUCUGCAUCUUCUGAUGAACUCUUUGUUGAUGUUACACCGCCUAUUGUUGUAUUUCCACCAAACGUCAUCAAAACGAAUUCUCCUAUUGAACUGUAUGAUUCAUCUUUAUUAAAAAUUCAGUGGAAAUUCAAAGAUAAUGAGAGUCCUUUAUCUAAAGGCUUAAUUUCCUUUCGAACAAGUCACAACAGUAAAUUAUUUCUUGAUGACAUUACUUUUUAUGGAGAUGACACAAGGACAAUCUCCCUAGAUACUUCAAAAUGGUUAAGUUCUGGAGACAAAUAUAGAAUAGUUGUGACGUCAUGCAAUGCAGCCAGACUUUGUACCUCGAGUGAGAGCGAUGAGAUAACCAUUGAUUCCACACCACCACUUGUUGGACAUAUUUUAGAUAAUGCCGUAUGGUCCAAUAAUGAUUUGAGUGUAAUGCUUAAAUGGAAAGAUUUCGUGGAUCCAGAAACACAGGUUGUGGCAUAUCAUUUACAUCUUAGCGAAACUCUCUAUGGACGUGAAAUCAGUGGACAAACCAUCAAAGUACCUCAUGAUGGUGGUGUUCAUGAAGAACAAAACGUUACCGUAAAUAUCACUCGAAAAUUGGUUCAGAAUGAGAAAAUUUUGCUAGGUCUGUCAGCCACGAACAAUGUUGGUCUUAAUAGCAAAGCAAGACAUGUAACGUUUUUAGUUCUUCCUACAAAUAAUAAUGUGUCGCAAGGUAGACUACUGAUCGAAAAACAUUCAUGUGAUUCACUGUCUUGCACAAAUGACUGUACAUGUUCAGCUAUUGGCAAGAAAUGCUCAAACAAUAUAGGAAUAAUGCAAUGCAGGGAAUCAAAUUUUACCAUGAAACCUCUUCCCACAUUAUUUCAGAUGGUUUAG